GAUCAAUGAACCGGGCGAUUUACCGAAACUGUUCGGACGACUCAAGGUGGGAAUAAACCAUCGAUGAACGGCGAUCAAGAACGAGUUUUUUUAUUUAAUCGAAAUCUCCUCUGCUCAAGCACGGAUUACCAGCAUUAAAAGUGUGCGAUGUGGAAAAUUUACAGUUCUGUACUGUAACAUAACAUCGACCAUCUGAUUUUGGGAUUUUUUUUUUUUUUUUUAAAACAUCGUUGGGUCAGAAAACGCAACGGAAUACAGGAUGAUCUUCGCAAAUACGGCCAAUCCAGUAAGAACUCCGUAUCGAAAGCAGCCUCCUGUUGCUCCGCCCACUCUCCCCAUGGCCCCGUCCAGCCCGAGCACCAACAGCAGCACUAACAACAGCAGCAGCAGCAGCACAUUCGGCUGGGAGCAACUCAGCAAAACAAACCUCUAUAUCCGCGGGUUACCACCUGGAACCACUGAUCAUGACCUGGUCCAACUUUGCCAGCCAUAUGGUAAAAUCGUGUCCACCAAAGCCAUUCUUGACAAGACUACAAACAAAUGCAAAGGCUAUGGGUUUGUGGAUUUUGACAGUCCUGUGUCAGCACAAAAAGCCGUUGCAGCGCUAAAGACCAGCGGAGUUCAGGCUCAGAUGGCCAAGCAACAGGAGCAGGACCCGACUAACCUGUACCUGUCCAACCUGCCUGUGUCUAUGGAUGAGCAGGAGCUGGAGAACCUCCUCAAACCCUUUGGACAGGUUGUCUCCACCCGCAUCCUCCGCGACACUAAUGGAGUGAGUCGGGGAGUGGGUUUUGCCAGGAUGGACUCUACAGAGAAGUGUGAUGCCGUGAUCUCUCACUUUAAUGGGAAGUUCAUUAAGUCCUCUUCUGGAAUGCUGGGUGCAUCAGAGCCGCUGCUGUGUAAGUUUGCUGAUGGUGGGCAGAAGAAGAGACAGAGUCAGGCGAAAUACAUCCCCAAUGGCAGAACCUGGACACGAGACGCAGAGGUGAGACUAAGUGGGAUGACCUUGACCUAUGACCCUAAUACUGCCCUUCAGAAUGGGUACUAUGCUACUCCUUACCAUAUGGGUAACCGGUUAAUGGCUCAACCAGGAGUGUCUCCAUACAUCUCUCCCAUCUCUUCUUACCAGGCACAGAAUCCCUCAUGGAUGCCACAUCAGCCUUACAUCAUGCAGCACCCGGGAGCAGUUCUGUCGCCCUCUAUGGAGCAUCCUAUGUCACUGCAUCCCCUCAUCCAGCAGAUGGGCCAUCUCUCUCUAGGCGGCGCUGCAACCUUUAUUCCUGCCAACACCGCAAUGCCUGGAGCUUACAUCCCUCAGUACACCCACAUCCAAUCAGCUGCCAUCCCUCCUGAGCAGGAAAGUGGUGUACAGCCACAAGAUGUGUCCUCUUCUGAUCCUUCGUCAUACCCUUUCCAACCCAACAAGCAAUAAAACGGUUAAUUGUCUGAGGUCAGAGCCAGACACAAUCUGAAAAUGGUUACUGUGGUAACAGCUUUUUCUUUCUCUUAGAGGAAGUGACAUCAGAGAGGAAGUGAUGCUCAUGCACAGGUUCCAGAAAAUUUGUCCAUGAUUCAAUUGACUGAUAUGAGCAAUAAACAGGAAACCUCAGAAAACUCUUUUGAAAGUGCAAAAGUUUUCUUCACCAAACCAAGACAAGGCAAUUUUACACCAUCUGUGGACAAAGAAGGGGGCAGAGAUUUAUUUUGCUAAAAAAAAAGAAGAAAAAAAAAAAAGAAAAAGAAAUAAGAAGAUGAUAAAUGCUUAUUUUUUACCAAGGACUAUUUACACAGACCAUGUCUGUGAAUAUUGUAGUGAGUGAUGGUGAGGACACCUUUCGAUGCAUGACGUUUUUUUUUUUUUUAGUUUUUUUAUGGUUUUUAUUAUGUUUUUACGGACUGUUUCUCAAACGGACAAGAAAAUAUUUUUGCUGUUGCAGUCAAAAUGAAGAGGUUUCUGUUUGCUUUUGGUCUUCCACUCUUUGCCUUUUUAGAAGUAAAAUUAUUUACCUUUUAGGGUGGGGUUUAGAUUGACUGAUGCAAUGCUUGCUGGCCAUUGGUCUUCACACCUGACUCUAAAAACAAAGACUUUCCUUUUUUCUAAUUUUCCUCUGAAUCAAAGAUAUUUUGUUUCAGGGACUGCUUGUUUUUUGUGAACCAGUCUUUCUAUUGAAUAUAUAUGUAAAGUCUUUUGGUAGAUAUAGAAGUAAAUGAAGAUUUGGGUAGGCAGGGCUUAGUGGGUGGCGGGGCAUGAUGACUGUUUGGUUGAAGUGGGUGGGGUCAGACUAGCUGAGGUAUGUGUGGGUGGAUCUGGGUGGGGCUAAUAAAAGGGAUGUUGUGGAAUUUGGGGAAGCUGUUCACAUGCUGAUUAUGAUUUUUUUUUUUUUUUUUUUUUUUUUUUAACAACACUUCAGGAUUUUUCCAAACAAAGAGGAAGUGCAAUGUUUCUUUAUGUAGAAAGAAAGAAAUGUCCAAACUAAUGGAAAAUUAGUGACUUUUUAUACUUUGCAAGUCAAUUUUAAAAUAUCUAGAUUUUCAGCUCUCUCUGUAAAUUCCUAAAAUAUUGGUUACAGCAUGCAUUAUGUGAAUUAAAUGUAAAUUAACAGAUUUAGAAGAAUAUGACAGUACAGUUUUGCUGAGAAUAUGUUUCAGAAGAGAGACACCACGUUUCUGAAUAAACAAUGUAUUUAAUCAGUUUAAUUAAAUUGGACAAAACUAACAACAUACAAUUUCAACUAUGACACUUUCCACCAAAGACCUUUUUUGCCUACAAUCGAAGACUUCCCAAUAGUUUGGACUACUGCAAUGACAGGGGAAUUGGUCAAACUAAAUGGCUGUUUUGGAAAUUUGCAUCUUUUUUUGUAACUCUUAGCUCUCAGAUUUAAUCUAGCUGUCAUAAAUAUGGACACAGGAACAUCUUUUAGCAGAAGGACGGAGGGAUUAUUUGAUCACAGGUUCAUAACAUGUUUCUAAGCAAGUCUUUCAUCUGUAAUACAGUUAGUUAAGCAGAAUUCUGUGUGUCUACGUGUGAUUGUGUAUUUAGAUGUCCAGGUCAGCUUGGCCUUUGAUCUACCUCAGAGUUGUAUCUGUUGUCCGAUUGGUCAGGUUGCAGGUCUAUCCUGUCCAGUCAGGUGUAAGAACGCCGGCUCUGGAGCUGGUUUCAUGCAGAAAUUCAUCUUUAACACGUUAAGUUUUUGUAUCUGUAUGUCUUUCUGUUGUUUUUUGCAUUUUUUGUUACAUUGCAUUGUGAUGUUUUGAGCUUGACCGUGUGGAGAAUUUCUUCAUGUUUUUGUCCAGUUUCUUCCCGAUAGAUGCCGCAAAAGAAAGGCUUGUGUAUUUUUUCCUGCAUUUUGUGUUUUGUUUUUUCCAAAAAUCCACAAGAACUACCCUCUCUGGAAAUUUCUCAGUUUGCUGUAGCCUCUUCACAUUUAGAGGUCUGAUCUAAGCAACCAAAGUGUAAUUUUAUCAUGGUGACUAUUGUGGGUCAAAGAGGAGCACAUCAUAGUUUCAUUGGACAGAUACGGUUUCUUUAUUUCAGCUGUCAAAAUAAAAGUUUCAGAACAGCAAUAAUUCACACAUUGUAUCAGUACAGGACUGUUGAUAAAAUGCUGAAUUUUUACAAUUGUUCAUUGAACGUUUGCCACCAGCACAUACAGAAAUAAAAAUAAAAAAUGUGUGCUGCUUUUCAAUUUAUUUUCACAUUUCUAAUUUAAAUGUUUUGGUUUUUAUUUCUAUAUUUUUUUUUUUUCUGUUGUGGAAUUUUUUUUUUUUUUUUUU